CUCUUGGCAUUUUGUCGCAAACAAAUGACUUUUUCAGCUUUACAAAAAGCUAGUAAAGAUAUGCCUGGCGGAUUAACUUCAGAAGAAAUUGGCGAUUUAACAAGUGUGGAAGCUCAAAUGAAUCAGAUUAGUCGCGUGAAACCCUUUCAAAGAUCUUCAAAGUUACACACACAUAGUCAAAAUGAAUUAAGUGAUCAUAAAUUUCAUUUUUCUCCUAAACAUCAUAGCGAUUCUCAUCGCAAUAUUCCACAAACCGUACAGCCACUUGUUGGUCAUUCUUUUAAAAGACAUCGUGGUCGUCCGAAAUCUCACUUGUCUACUUCCUCAAGGUUAUAUAAUCAUAUGAAUAAAAAAGUUUUGAAAAGUUAUUCACACCUUUCAUCAGAGGAACAUUUAUCUCGUGAUCAUUUAAAAAACAAGAAUAACAAUACGGAAAAGUGCAUCCCCACUGUAGAAUGUAACAAAUCAUUUAUUGGUGGUGUUAAAAGUCCGAAAGAAGCUCAAUUAACUCACUAUAACACAUGUAACAAAUCAUCUCCGAUUGAUUCUCCUAUCGUUCCUAUUCCACAACGUCGUGGUCGAGGUAGACCAAGAAAAAAUAAAAUUAAUGAUAUUCAAACAUCUUCGGCUAGUUCAACUUUGAAUAUCUCCUCUAUACAACAAUCACAUCAAGAUUCUUCAUUGAUUUCAACAAAUUCUACACCUACAGAUGUAAAAAGAAAACAUUCUGACAAUGCAACCACCCUAUCAUCAUCAUCAUCACAUGAUCAUUAUUCUCGUACGGUGUGUGUAAAUAAUAAUACUUUUGAAAAUGCAAAUUUAUCUAUGAGUUCAAUACAAUCCGGUGAAUAUGAACAUUCUCACAUUGAAGAAUCUCUAGUGAAAAUGGAUGAAUCCAAUUGUUCACAAUAUAAUCCAGAAUUUUCAAAUAAUGAACCUAUUGUUUUAUUAAAUAUUGCAUCAUCCACUACUCCAUCUUCAUCAUUAUCACCAAUAUCAUCUGGAUCGUCUUGUAAAACAUUGAUUAGUAAAACUGCAUUUGUUUCGAAAAAAAAAUCAUCUUGUCAAAAACCUACUGCCGAUAUUCAAUCCCAAUCUAAUAAAUUAUUAUUAUCUCACAUUAAAAUGGAUAAGACAACAACAAAUGAUGAAGACAAUGUCUACAAUAAUGAUAGUGGUGAUGAAAAUGUCGAACAAUCAAAUCAUCAUCGAAUCAUUGACAAUGUCGCAAAUGAUAUUCUUAUUCAAGUUAAAAAAGCUGCUGAAGAGUCGGCUGCAACAUUAAAACGAAAAUAUGAAUGCAUUACAAGUAGUGAAGCUAAUAAUGAAUAUGUUGGACCGAAAAUUGUAUAUUUAAAUUGCUCAAACCAAGGUGAAAUUUCUGCAAUUGAAUGUCCAAAAGCACGUUCUUGUGCAAAUUCUCAACAACACUUAAAUCCUUCAGAGCAAAAUAACAACGACGACAUUAGUGAAAAUGAAGAAUCUUUAGAACAAAAGCCUAAAUAUAAUGUCUCCUAUCCUCCGUUUUUGGUAGAUUUAUUAACAAAGUCUAAAUCAAUAAACAGUCAAAAAAUGGAUGAACAUACACUGAGUAAACAAAAAAUUCUGGAUGAUUUAAACAAACUAAAAUACAAUCUAGAUGAACCGAUUGCUGGUGCUAUACAUGGACCAUUAACUAUAUUUUCACCAAUACAGUUAGCACAACUUAGUGAUAUUUAUGGUGGAGAUCCUAGUGUCAUUGAAUAUGCAAUUUCUUUGCUGAAAUUUGUUCAACCAAUUGGUCGAUGGGCUCGUCGUUGGGCUGCUAAAAAACUGGAUACUGCAACAGAUGGUUUACAUUCGCAAGCAUGUUAUACUUUAUUAUCGCAAACUGCGCAUACAAUAAAACCCAGCUUAGAUAAUAACAAUAUUGAUAAGUUGGAUCUAUGCCAAAGUUGGAUUGACGUGGCUGAUAUAACGAUUGAUCCUCUCAGUCCAAAAGUUGAUGAAAGUGAUACAGAACACCUUGAACCGUGUCUAGUUGAUCUACUCAAUCAACAUGAUACAAUUCUUUCAUGCAAUGAUAGUUCAGUACAAUUGACUAACAAUGAAUCUGUUGUAUCUUGUGUACCUGAAAUAGAUAUACCAUAUGUGAAAAAAGACAAUUUAGACUCAAUCAAUACUCUUUGUUUAUCAGACACCUUAGAUAUACCAGUAUCAUUCAAUAAUGAUAAUAUUAUAUCCAACUCUCAAUUAGUUUCUAAUUCUACAUUAAAUGUUUCCAAUAUUCCACAACAAAACUCAUCAACUGAACAAAUCAAUAAUGAACUAGAUGAUGUUAUCAUGUGUGAUGAUGAAUCAAUUCCAACAACUAAUUCAAUUCACAUGCCUGAUAAUAAUAAUAAUAAUGAUGUUAAUUUACCGCAGUGUGAAGUAAACAACACUAUUCAACAAUCUGAACAACUUUCAUUAAUUACAAAUAAAUUGUCAGAAGAUGAUGCAAUCGUCAAUACUGAUGAACAUUCUUCAUCAUCUGUAAAAUCUACUAAUGAUAUCACUCUUUCUUCUAAUACUCCCAGUAUAAAUGAACAUGAAUUCUCUUCCAUUGAUCAUGUACAAACUGAACAGAUAACAGAAAUUCCAACUGAUAAUUCAACAUCACUAUUAAAAACUGCACUCAGUGGUUCUUCAUUUCCAUUAAAUACUUCACAUGAUCGAAUUAGCCUACAAAAUAAAGGAAUUGUCGAUGGAUCCGAAGAUAGUUCAACGCAUAGUUUAUUUUUGGAUUCACAUCUUAUCACACACAAACAACUACCUGUUAGCAUUUCUCAUAUUGAAAAUCAGGAUACUAUCAGUCAGUGUAACGUGAUAUCACACUGUUGUGAUGAAACAAAAGAUUCACUAGUUGAUGAUUGUGUAAUACAAAACUCAUGUGAAGAAAUAUUUUCUGAUAAUCGUGUAGAUAUUGAUGAUGACUGUAAAAUUGUUGAUACUGUUGAAAGUUCUCAUUCUCUUAUGGUUUUCGAUAAUAACAGUGAAACGAGUGAACAAUCUACAGUUAAUAAUAAUAAUAUCUGAGUUUCUUGAUUUGUUAUUAUUUAGAAAUAUUCUGUACAUAUUAUGACAUCAAUAAAUAAUAACAACUGAAGUGUGUAACACUUCUUUUGAAAGCCAUCAGCCUAUCACUUUAAUAUUCACCAUUCAAUCACUAUAUCACUUUUGUCCUUUCUGAUGUCUCGGGAACCGUUAACUUUAAAGUCUUAUAAUCAUGUAACCAGUUAAUUUGUAAAUAAAUAUCUUCUUAAUCAACAUAUAUUUAAAAUUAUCAUAUAACUCUUAGUUGCAUGUACUGAAUUUCUUGUAAAUAACUUGGCAUAAUACAGUAUUUAUUUCAUUAGAUACUGUAAUUUGUGG